AUGAGUGAGAACGUGGACUUCGCCAGCAGACUACCAACGCUAAUGGACGUGAGUGAAACAAAAAUAUUUUGAUAUGAGUUUGGGAUUAGCAGCAAUGCAGUCGUGUAUCAGGGUUUCCCAAACUCGGUCCUGGGGCCCCCCUGGGUGCAUGUUUUGGUUUUUGCCCUAGCACUACACAGCUGAUUCCAAUAACCAACUCAUCAUCAAGCUUUGAUUAUUUGAAUCAGCUGUGUAGUGCUAGGGCAAAAACCUAAAUGUGUUUGGGAAUCCCUGGUUUAAACCUUGCAGAAAAUUGGCGGAAAUGGGAACAAGACUGAACCUGUACUAUGUUGCCAGUAGGCUAAACGACAAGCCGGUGGAAAAUAGCCGUUUUUCUACACUGCAUCGGCGAGGAUGCGCUGGAGAUCUACAACACGAUGGAGAUUCCAUAUGCUGAUCCACAGGACAAGAAAAUGGCAGAGGUGAGCAAGUGUUUGAAAAAUACUGUGCACCACGGAGGGAUACUGUGUUUGAGAAACAUCCGUUUUAGGAACACAAGUUCAAUGAACAGGCAGGUAUUGACAUGUUUAUAACCAAACUGAGACUGAGAGCACGCAACUGUGAGUUCAGAGACACUGAGGAUCUAAUGCUAAAGGAGAAAAUUGUGUUUAACAUCACAGACAGUGGUAGCAGAAAAGACUGUGAGUUGUAGACUGAGACUGUAGUCAUAGCCUAUGGAGGCACCUGCAUCAAACCAAAGGGUGUAAUGACAUUGUAACACACUCUGCACAAACAAGCUACAGUUCUAUGUUACAGACGCAUCUGACACACCACUACUAGGCAGAGAGGCCUGUGUUCAGCUUGACCUCAUCAGAAAAGUUGAAACAGUUGCACGCCACGCUCAGCCAGCGCUACGCAUCUGUGUUCAAAGGACUAUGUGAGUUUCCAGGCCAGCACCACAUCUACAUUGAUUCCAAAGACUCUCCUGUUGUUCAUGGAUGUAGGAAAAUCCCAUAUGCUGUGCUUGACAGGCUGAAAGAGACAUUGGACAACCAAGAGCAGAGGGGUAUGGUCAGCAAAGUAACAAAACCAAGAGCGUGGGUGAGCAGUAUAGUCAUAACUGAAAAUAAGAAUGGCUCUCUUAGGGUAUGCUUGGACCCUAAGGACCUGAACAAGUCCAUACAGCACCAACACUUCUCCAUACACACACCAGCAAACUAGCAGGCAAGAAGGUCUUCACUAUUCUAGAUGAGAAGGAUGGGUAUUGGCAAAUCAAUACCCCAUGGGGGAGGUACCAGUUCAAUCGCUUACCCUAUGGCAUAAAAAGUGCCAGCGAGGUAUUUCAGCAGAUGAACUCAAAGAGUUUUGGUGACAUUGAUGAUGUCUAUGUAAUUGCAGAUGACAUGAUAAUUGCAGCAGCCACCAGAGAAGAGCAUAGCGGCAUUCUACAGCAGGUGAUGGACAGAGCCAUCCGUCCGAAUGUGAAGUUCAAUGAUGACAAGAUACAGUACAUGGUGAGUGAAGUGAAGUGAAGUAUAUAGGGCACAUCACCAGCACAGAUGGGGUUAAAGCAAGUUGACAGCAAUCACACAAAUGCCCCCACCAGAAGACAGAAAAUAUCUACAGACGCUACUGGGCAUGACAUGUUUCCUAACCCAGUAUAUCCCAGACGAAGCCACUCAGAAUCUUCCUCAGGAAGGACAUGGCAUGGCAGUGGCACCCAGAACAACAAGCAGCACUGGAGAGACUGAAAAAAGCAAUCUCCACUCCAUGCUGAAAUUCUUCAAUCUACAGGAAGAGAUUGAAAUCAAGUGCAUUGACAAACUGAAAACUCCAUCAAGAGCACAACAAACUGAAAACUCUAAACAACUCUCUUCAAGUUGUUCCAUGAAAAUAAAUCCCUAGCCCUAAUAACCAGGUAGGCCUAUGAACAAUAGCCUAAUUAACGAAUGUGUAAUACAUAGCCUAGAGAUAAUGACCAUGGCUGAAGCCCAGUAUAGCCUUCCACGUUAUAAUGCGUAAAAUGAUGUGCUAGGGUUUGUAAUGCUGUUAUAACUCGAAAUUACACAGAAUCAAUGAUGUAAAGUACUUAAGUAUAAAUACUUUAAAGUACUACUUAAGUAGUUUUUUAGGGUAUCUGUACUUUACUAUUAUAUUUUUGCCAACUUUUACUUUUACUCCACCACAUUCCUAAAGAAAAUAAUGUACUUUUUACUCUAUACAUUUUCCCUGACACCCAAAAGUACUUGUUACAUUUUGAAUGCUUAGCAAGACAGGAAAAUUGUCCAAUUCACGCACUUAUCAAGAGAACAUCCCUGGUUUCCCUACUGCCUCUAAUCUGGCAGACUCACUAAACACAAAUGCUUUGUUUGUAAAUUAUGUCUGAGUGUUGGAGUGUGCCCCUGGCUAGCCGUAAAAAAAAAAAAAUGAAUACAAGAAAUCAUUCCGUCUUGUUUGCUUAAUAGAAGGAAUAUGAAAUGAUUUAUACUUUUACUUGUACUUUUUAUGCUUAAGUAUAUUUUAGCAAUUACAUUUACUUUUGAUACUUAAGUAUAUUUAAAACCAAAUACUUUUAGACUUUUACUCAAGUAGUAUUUCACUUUUACUUGAGUAAUAUUCUGUGAAGGUGUCUUUACAUUUACCACUGCACAGAAUGCACUGUCGGAUUGUAGAGCGCUCGCUCCUGCGCAUCUAUCUCUCCGCCAUUUCUCACUGAGCUGAAGUAUGUAGGGCUGGCUACAUUCUAGGGCUAUUUAUACCCUACUGAGACGGACUCUACGGAGCGUAGCGCAGGGUCGUAAUGUCGUUUUUCGUCACAAAACGGGCAGCUCCUUGUAGACAUUCGAUGUACUCCUGUGCAACAUUACAUUUGUAACGCGCCAUAUCAUUCCUUGCGUAGCAGUGGGGCAGUGUUGUGUAGGCAAUGAAGCUUGCUUGGUUCCUUGAUCUGAUCUAUACCCACUGGGCAAAAACGUGUUGAAUCAACGUUGUUUCCACGUCAUUUCAACCAAAAAAGUAUAUGUGAGGACCAGGGACGGCUUGUUCAAUAGGGCGAUAUGGGCGACGCACUGCCAAACGGGAAAAGGAAGGGAUUUUUUUUCUAAUCAAUUAUAUCACGGCAACAGCAGUUAUCAGUGUUCACGUCUGAUCUGCCAGCCACUAAAUGUCAAAUCAGGCUAAAGUCGUGCUUCAAAUGGCCCCGCCCGUUUUUUGGGCGAUUUCAGUCAGGUUGAAAAUUGCCCAGAAGUCUCUCAUAGCCUGUCAUGUAAAAUCUAUUUUUUUCAAAUUUCAAAGCUUUCAAUACAUUCUCUAUGGGUGUCUGUGGGCAUGCACUUACGCACUUUCGUCAUACGUGACGUAACGUUGAACGUAACUAAGACAAUGGCGGCUAACAGCGUCUAUGUUGCGACCUGCAGUGUGGCGUUAUUUUAUGUUUUUAAUUUGUAGACUUAGUUUACAAACAUUCUGCAAACAUUCUGCUUUGGACUGAUCUUCGGUUUUGGACUGAUCUUGUUGAUCGUGUACAUACCCGCUACGAACGGACUAAAUAAUGAAAACGCUGCUGGCAGCGGAAUCCCAAUACAGCUGGGAGACUUGGCUGGAUGACAGAGUCCCAGACAGAGAGGUGGAGCCGGCCGGCUUCACCCUGGUCAGAGCGGACCGCGAUCCUGGUAAGAGAGCGACUCUGUACCCCGACAUUGAACUGCUUUCUGUGUCAUUGAACCUUACUAUUGUUGAUAAAACAAGUUUACUGGAGAACGGAGACCAAGUAGAGACUUUUGGACAAGGUGGAUAAUUGUAUAAUAUAAGGCAGUUUAUUCAGAGGUAAAGAUAUCUGGAAUCGCGUGCACGGACCCGUUCGUCAAACUCGUAGGGAGUUUAUCAGAAGAGCCCCUAAACAUUGUGUGCUGACAUUUUAUACAAUAAAAUGAAGUAGGUUGAAUCUAGUAGUUCUGAUCUUCUGAUUGGUCCUGAUGAGUUGGGCGAGGUCACCUCCAGGCUAGUGUCACUGUUGCAUUGGCUCUGAGUCGGGUUCUCUGUCUUCAGAUGUUCAGCCUAAGAGAAGAGGAUUUGUGUGUGUGUGUGUGUGUUUGUUAUCAGUGUGUGUGUGUGUGUGUGUGUGUGUGUGUUUGUUAUCAGUGUGUGUGUGUGUGUGUGUGUGUGUGUUUAUCAGUGAUGAUGUGUGUGUGUGUGUGUGUGUGUGUGUGGGUGUGUGUGUGUGUGUGUCCUCAGGGCAAGAACUCGUGAGUUGGAAGAACUGAGAGACCUAUGGCGUGGGUGUUAUCCUUAGCCACCUGCUGACAAGGCUGACAAGAUAGGACUCUUGUUCAUUGUAUUGAAUACAAAGGCCCAACACAAAAUGGGUCAUGCACAAGAUUUUAGUCAGACCAAGCUAUAACAUUAUAUAUUUACUACGACAGUAUAUUCAACCAAAAGCUAAUAUAACAAAGGCAUCAGAGAUUAUUUAUAAUCUGUCACAGAAACUGGAAUCCAUCUCCCCAGAUCAGUCAAUAAAUGCUUCUGGUAUUGACUUAUAUGCUGCCCCUGUCUUCAUGUUGUUGCUGGACAUAUCUUUUUUAAAAUGUGUGUAGGUCACCUAAAUCAUCAGAAAAAUUGCCCCUCCUGAGAAUUUUUUCAGGAGCCGCCACUGGUGAGGACCUUGAAUCAACAUGGAAAACUGAUUGGAUUUGCAAAAAGUCAUCAAUGUAAGGGAAUUUCGUAUCUGAUUAUUUCACAUUGCUAUGCGGGAAGCCAAUCAACUUCAAAAUCACUGCAACUUCAAGAUUGCUGUCUUGGUUUAGCUUGGCAUUAAAUAAUCAGCCUAUAAAAAAUGUAUGCACUCACUACUGUAAAUCUACUAAAUGACUAAAAUGUAAAUGUAACAUUUUCCAUUGAUAACCAAAUAUAAUCUCAGCGACUGUUCAAACAAUAAACCAAACAACACUGUAGCCUAAUUAGAAUUCCCCCAAAAGGUAUUUUGUUUAGAAGUACUGUAAUAACUACCGGAUUGACUACUUAAAAACAGCCCCAAGCCAUGUGUUUUUUCUCUGUUAGCAAAAUGACGGCGUUCUAUUUUUAGCUGAUAUGGGAGCGAUACACUCAAGUAGCAUAUUAAACUGGGAUAAUGUUGUAGGUUAUACUGGCAAGUAAAUAAUUUUGCCAGGGCAUAUGAUUUAAUUUGAAAUCUGAUUAUUUCACACGUAGGAAGCUAAAAGGCCAGCUUGCUUGCUGUUUUUAGCCAGCUAGCUAACAAGCUGCUAGUGGCGUAGCCUACAGCCAACUGGCAGGCACACGAGAUAAUGUAAAACAAACCUAAACUUUCAUUACAUGUAGCUAUUAUUCAAAUAUGCAGUUGGUUUUCAUUUAAAUAAGCUAACAGUGGUGAUGAUGUUUUAAACGUGAUUCUUCUUUGCUUUUACCACAAAUGGGAAGACAACAACAAGAAAAUCUCUGCUAUCGCCCCCUUGUGUAUGUUGCUAUUCGAAGGUUUAGGAACACAUGGACCGGCGAGGGUAUAAUGUUACAAAAGGUGCAUGUUGCUCCAAAAAAUCUGUCUCUACCCAAGAGCACGCAUGUAUGUAGAUCUACGCACAUAAAGCCAACCUCUCCACUAAGUACUGCUCAAUUUGGAGUGGGGUUUAUGAUGCAGGAAGGAUGGAUGGUAAAAAUAGCUUUUUCUAGCAUCUUUGACAAACGGAGAUUUUUUUUCCGGGCCCCUUACUUCUGCAAGGUCGUGGCGAAAAUGAUGUUGUCCGCCUUCGUUUUCUUGGCUCUUGCAUUAGAAAACGCACGGCGCUUGUAACGCCAAGGUAGUGGGUUCGAUCCCCGGGACGACCCAAACACAAAGAAAAUUAUGCACGCAUGACUGUAAGUCGCUUUGGAUAAAAGCGUCUGCUAAAUGGCAUAUUAUUAUUAUUAUAAAACAUCUUAUGUUCAGAGGAAGAGUUUAAGCUAAAGUGACCGAAACGGUUAGUAGAGCAUCGUGCGAUCAUGUUAUUUUAUGCGACUUCGGCGCAUACACAAACACAAGCUUGCCUCAAGGGGGAAUUUGAUGGAAGCCUUCAUAAAUGAACAGCUACUGUGUUCAAUACAUACUGGUACGAGAGUCUACGAGAGUCUACAUGUUCAUAACGGAUAUAGCGCAAUAACAGCACAUUGCAUUUAUCCCAUUUUAACGUUGAACGUCUUGGUACAUUUAUCGACAUAUCUUAUACAAUUCUAGGAUCUAGGAUUAGUUCACGGGAGAUUGAUCUCAAAAUAACCUAUGUUUGUUAUACAUAUAGUAGCACUUAUUCAAAUAGGCUAGGCUUUGGAAUGGAAGGAGUAGGACUAGUGUAGACUAGUAGCUUAGAUAUGAUAAAUAAUAAGCUACACUCAUUCCCCUGGCGUGCACUAUACAGGAAAAUAUACUUUAUAAAAAGCCUUUCAGGCUUAUGUUUAUGAGAUAGCUCAGCCAUUCAAAUGUUUAUAUAAAUAAAAUGUGGACCUACUGUAUGUAUGCAUACUUUAAAGUUUAAUAUCCCACCAUUACGCGAAAGGGACUAGUAUCCUAUGAAAGUAGAGACAUUUUCUUCAGUUCACAACUCAAGAUAUCACCACAAGAAUGAAAUAGGAUCACUUCUGUUUUACGUUUCAAUAGAACUCUACUGUAUAUUAAUCAAUUACUGAAGUUCAUGUGAAAAGAAAGUAAUUAUAUUCCAUUGUACUCCAUUCAAUCUAUUAUAUUAUUUAGCUAUAUAAUUAGUUCCUGUGUUUUGUGUUUGUUUCCCUAUUCCAGGUGUUGUUUGACAUCACUGUGGCAGGCCAUGAGGUUGGCAGGAUUGUGAUUGGCCAGUUUGAAGAUGUUGUUCCACUGACUGUGAAUAACUUUGUGGCUCUUGCCACAGGGGAGGUAGGCCACUGUACGCUGUCUGUGUAAAAGUUGUUAUUGUGGUGUGAGUGAACAAGAGAGGAAAGCAUCAGAAUACCAAUUAUCCAUCCAUAGAUCAUAGAUCUAUGAUCAUGGCUGUUUAGAAGAAAAAACAACCCAUUGAUUACAGUUUCUCCUGGCCCAUGGAUUACAGUUUCUACACAAGUUGUAAAAUCCUGAACUUCCCCUUUAAGAGUUGACAUGACGUUGUUCUUGAAGAGUAGACUGAACACAUCAUCUAAAGUAGCCUAUAGUCUAACACACCUGCAUAUUUCUUGCACAUUUGCAAAUGGAUAGGCGAUACAAUCAUCUGAAUUUCCCAAAUCGUUGUUUUUGCAGAAAGGAUACAAAGGAAGUACGUUUCAUCGGGUAAUCAAGGACUUCAUGAUCUAAGGCAGUGACUUCACAGCUGGAGAUAAGAAAGAUGAUCACUUAGAGUUUGACCUGUCUCAUAUAUUUGAUCUCAUGUUGAAUGUUGGGAAUAGUGCAUCAACAAAGCAGAGAAGGUGGUUACGUAUACUCCCCCAAAGUUCUCAGUGGGCCCAUCCCAGAGGGCACCCUAUUCCCUAUAUAGUGCACUACUUUUGACCAGGGCACAUAGUCUCUAGUCCCAGUCUCUUGAUCCGUCCCCACACAGUCCCUAAAUGCUGUUUCCUCAUUUGUUGCCACAGGUAGAAGCAUUAACGCAACCAAUUUGCUGAUGAGAACUUCAAGCUGAAGCACCUGAGAGCAGGUUGGGUCAGUAUGGCCAACACGGGCCCAGACACCAAUGGCUCCUAGUUCUUUAUCACUGCGGCCAGGGCUCCUAGGCUGGACGGGAAGCAUGUGGUGUUUGGAAAGAUCCUAGAGGGUAUGGUAAGUGGAGGCAAACAAUUUGUUGGUAGAGUUUGAAUCAUUUUUUUGGCCACUGACAUUGAAAAAGUAUUUGUCACUCACACAUAUACACACGCACACACGUGUACACACACAGGAUAUACACAGUGGUAAGAUGAAUCACUAGUACAUAUUCUAAUCUUCUCUUUUCAGUCUGUGGUUCACACCAUCGAGCUCCAAGACACAAAUGACCGGAACCUGCCCUAUACAGAGUGUGUCAUUGUCAACAGUGGCAAGAUUGAAGUCAAAAAGCAAUUUAUUGUGGAGGUGGAGGGU